AUUUGGGGCGGUGGCAAUGGGGAGUCAUUAUGGAGCAGUUCGCCGACCCAUCAUCCCUGCAAGCACUCUCCUGCGCAGAGGAUUUCCUUCAUACCGCGCGUUUCAAUAGAAAGUCUGCUAGACAUCAACAGCAUUAUGAACGGCGUUUGAUCAUCCAGCCCCGUCAGAUCCAUCUUCCUCACCAUGCCCGACAACGGCGUCAAAUACACCCCUCCUCCGUCGCCGCCUUCGCCGACGGCCUCCUACUACGACGUCAGUGACGACGAGGAGGACGACUACAACACCAUCUCUCACUCCACCUCCCGCAGAGGCGUCAAGCUUCUUUUCUCCAAGAGCAAGGUCUACGUUCACCCAACUCCUUCCUCGAAAGACAACAUCCCGGGAUUCAUCGCCCUCAUCCAACAAAAGCCUCUCCCUGCCUCCAGAAAUGCCCCCUCCAAUCCCGACAACUCCUCGCCCGAUCUCUCCUCCUACCUUCUAGCCUGGGUACCCGAAUCCUCCCUGGGUGACGCCUAUAGCACCUACGUCAAAGUCGACCUCACAGAUGACUCUUCCUCUCCGCGACAGAAGUAUCUGGUGCCUGCGCUUCCAACAACGACCACCUACAAGGACCCAAUCGGCCUCUAUGCCUUUGCUGUACCUCUCUCCGAGAUCUACUCGCUCCUUGUGCGACCUCCAAGCCUGGGCUGGUGGUUCGGGAGUCUGGUGAUCAACACCCGCGCAGGAGAUAGUUUCCCCGCCCUGUUUUUCCACGAUACCGAGUGUGAGUCGACAAUACUGCAGAAGAAGCGGCGGACCAGGGAAAGCUUUGAUCCGUUUGGCGAGGAUGGCAGCGUGUUCUGGGGUGGCGACGAGGUGUUGCGGUGGCUGCGGAAAUAUGCGGAGAUCCCUCGCUCGGCCGUCGACAACAGUGUAUAUCUGAUCAACCCUUCAGAGGAAGAUCGGCUAUCGUUUGGACGGCCACUCACCGCGGACGGGUCGGUGGCAAGAGCGCAGGGUCUCCCUGCUGCUCCAGCCCAGGCCAGUGGAAGCGGGCAGCGAGAUGCCGGAAUGGACCCAUUUGUCAAGGCGCUCAAGGAGACCAGGUGGAAGGUGCUGGAGCAGUUGAGCAAGAUUACCACAUUCACGAGGCGAACGGCGAACGAGUUGGCGGACAACCCCCGGAUACCUCCGCAGGUCCGUCGUCUGAUGAGGACCCCCGAAAUCCAAACUCUCCAGGAUGAGUUUGACAGUGCCAGGCUGUAUCUAGCCCGCUGGGCUAUGAGCAUAUCGGAGCAGAGCGAACGCGAAAGGAACCAACGGAUAUGGACCGCAAGGGAUGUUCUCGAUAUGGAGAACAGCUCUGUGGGUGAUUUCGAGAUCCUCGACCUCGAGACGGGGACCCUAUCCAUCCAGGAGCGUCGUAAGGUAGUCACACUGGAAGAGUGGAGGAGCUUCUUUGACUCGACCACUGGAAGGCUACAUUUGACCGUCGAGGAAGUGAAAGAAAGAAUAUUCCACGGGAGUCUCGAUCCAAAUGACGGAGUGAGAAAGGAGGCAUGGUUGUUCCUCCUGGGAGUGUACCCCUGGGAUAGCAGCCACGAUGAGCGACAGGCGCUGAUGAACUCGAAGCGGGAUGAAUAUAUCCGGCUGAAAGGUGCGUGGUGGGAAAGAAUGAUCGAAGGCAAUUCUACAGCGGAGGAGUACGAAUGGUGGAAAGAGCAGAGGAACCGAAUAGAGAAAGACGUUCACCGUACAGACCGCACGAUACCCCUUUUUGCUGGGGAAGACAUCCCCCACCCAGAUCCGGAUUCGCCUUUCGCAGAUACAGGAACCAACGUGCAUAUGGAGCAGAUGAAAGACAUGCUUCUUACGUAUAACGAAUACAACCCUGACCUGGGUUAUGUCCAAGGCAUGAGUGAUCUCCUAGCCCCGAUUUAUGCGGUCAUGCAAGACGACGCGGUCGCAUUCUGGGCUUUUGUUGGUUUCAUGGACAGAAUGGAACGUAACUUCCUCCGUGACCAGUCGGGCAUGCGAACCCAGCUACUCACUCUGGACCACCUCGUUCAGCUCAUGGACCCCCAGCUCUACCUGCACCUCCAGUCCGCCGACAGCACCAACUUUUUCUUUUUCUUCCGCAUGCUUCUCGUCUGGUACAAGCGCGAAUUCGAAUGGGUGGACGUCUUACGCCUGUGGGAGACCCUAUGGACCGACUACCUCUCCAGCAGCUUCCACCUCUUUAUCGCUCUGGCGAUCCUCGAGAAACACCGGGAUGUGAUCAUGGAUCAUCUGAAGGCAUUCGACGAGGUUCUCAAAUACAUCAACGAACUCUCCAACACCAUCGAGCUCGUCCCCAUCCUCACCCGCGCCGAAUCCCUCUUCCAUCGCUUCGAGCGGUCCGUCCAAGCCAUCGACAAAAAGAACAACUUCCCAGCUCCCGCAGCCCACCAACGCAAACCUACCCAGGACUCCACCACCUCAAACAACAACACCGAUACAAAUAUCAAUGCCAACAAAGGCAAAGCACCCCAACGCCCCCAAAGCACCGGUUUCAGCAGCGGCGUCAGCGCCGGCCCAAGCACCGCCCUCCGCGAUACUGGAGACUCCAAAGUGAUCUCCCCGGAACUCAGAGAGCUUCUCACCAAGAGCAUCCCAUGGGCCCGCAAACCGACCCCUUCUUCCUCUGCUAAGCAGCAGAAACAGUCCAGCGAAGAAGCCACGACUCCGUCACGCAACUGACCAUAUCAUUCCACACUCAACCUCGUCCAUAACCCCUCCCCCCGCGACGCUAUCAAUGAACGUAUACACGCUCUUUUUUUUUUUUUUUUUCUUUUUUUUUUUGCUCCGAGAUACGUUACGUUACGUUACGUUACAUCCCUCAACCUCAUGCUUCAUGACCCUUUGACACGCUCCGCUACGCUUGAUAUGUUUGUACCAUGUGAUGACAUCUGGGUAUUCUGCUCUGUUUCUCGGCUUGGGUUUAGGAUAGGAUAGGAUAGCGGCGUUCUCGUUUUUAGCAAGUAUACUUUUGCGUCUUUCGUGUUAUUCUUAGUAUUCCUAUCCUUAUUCUUAUUUCUCUCGUAUUCUUACUUAGUCUCAGUCUUUUUAUUUUUCAUUGGCCAGCUAGCUAGCUCGCUAUACUAACGCAUGACAUGAGAUGAUUGAUACUCUCAAUUGCAAUU